CUUUGUGAAAGCAUAAGUGAGUGUCAAGUUUAAGGGGUUCAGUGUUUAGUGUGGGGUGGACCAUGUCUGUGUUGGAUAGUGUUGUUCUUCUUCAGACUCCCAGCUUGGUGACUCUGCUGGGGACUGUGGUGUUUCUGCUGCUCCUCUACCUCCUCUCCUGCAGCUCCCAGGAACAGGGGAAGGAUCCUCCUGGACCCAGACCACUACCUCUGCUGGGGAACUUGCUGAUGCUGGAUCUCAAGAGACCACACCAGACACUCUGUGAGAUCUCCAGGCAAUAUGGAUCUGUGUUCACAGUUCAUUUAGGAUCUAAGAAAGUGGUGGUCCUGGCAGGAUACAAGACAGUCAAGCAGGCUCUGGUCAACCAUGCUGAGGAGUUUGGAGACAGAGAGUUAACUCCCAUGUUCAAUGAUUUAAAUGAAGGACAUGGGAUUGUGUUUGCUAACGGAGACUCCUGGAAAGAGAUGAGGCGCUUUUCUCUCACUACCCUCAGAGACUUUGGAAUGGGCAAGAAGAUGAGUGAGGAGAAGAUCAUAGAGGAGUGUGGCAACCUGAUUGAAGUGUUUGAGAAAUAUGAGGGUAAAGCAUUUGACACAACGCAGCCAGUUAAUUACGCUGUAUCCAAUAUCAUCUGUGCCAUUGUGUAUGGCAACAGGUUUGAAUACACUGAUCCUGAGUUCACCAAAAUGGUGGGCCGAGCCAAUGAGAACAUCAGACUUGGAGGAUCUCCAUCAAUGCAGUUGUACAACUUGUUCCCUUGGCUUGGCAAGUUUCUGAGUACUAAACGUCAGAUUAUGAAGAAUGCUCAUGCCAAUAAAAACCAGAUCAUGGACUUGAUCAGUUGCUUGAAGGACACUCUGAACCCUCAGAUGUGUCGAGGAUUUGUGGACUCCUUCCUCAGCAGGAAGCAGAACCUGGAGGAAUCAGGAAAGAAAGACACCCAUUACCACAAAGAGAAUCUGACAAACACAGUUGCCAACCUGUUUGGUGCUGGUACCGACACAACAGGGACCACAAUAAGAUGGGGUUUGAUGCUCAUGGCCAAGUACCCCCGGAUACAAGACCAGGUUCAGGAGGAGAUCAGCAAUGUGAUAGGAAGUCGUCAGGUCUUGGUAGAGGACAGGAAGAACCUUCCCUACACUGAUGCUGUCAUCCAUGAGACCCAGAGACUGGCCAACAUUGUACCCAUGUCCCUCCCUCACGUCACCAGCAGAGAUGUCAACUUCCAGGGAUACUUCAUCAAGAAGGGGACUGUUGUGUUUCCUCUACUGACAUCAGUCCUGCAGGAUGAGAGCGAAUGGGAGAGCCCCCACACCUUUAACCCCGCCCACUUCCUGGAUGACAAGGGGACGUUUGUCAAGAGGGAUGCCUUCAUGCCCUUCUCUGCUGGUCGCAGGGCGUGUCCUGGGGAGGGUCUGGCCAGGAUGGAGCUCUUCCUCUUCUUCACCUCUCUCCUCCAACACUUUUGUUUCUCUCCUCCACCUGGAGUAACAGAGGAUGAUCUGGACCUCACUCCAGUUGUGGGCAUCACCCUCAACCCUUCACCCCACAAGCUGUGUGCUGUCAGCCGGUUGAUUCCACUGUACACCAUUAGAACCAUGUCUGUGUUGGAUAGUGUUGUUUUCCAGACUCCCAGCUUGGUGACUCUGCUGGGGACUGUGGUGUUUCUGCUGCUCCUCUACCUCCUAAUCUCCAGCUCCCAGGAACAGGGGAAGGAACCUCCAGGACCCAGACCACUACCGCUGCUGGGGAACUUGCUGAUGCUAGAUCUGAAGAGGCCACACCAGACACUCUGUGAGCUCUCCAAGGAAUAUGGAUCAGUGUUUACAGUCUACUUUGGACCCAAGAAAGUAGUGGUCCUGGCAGGGUACAAGACAGUUGAGCAGGCUCUGGUCAACCAGGCUGUAGAAUUUGGAGACAGAGAAAUCACCCCUGCGUUUUACCUUAUCAACCAAGGACAUGGGAUCCUGUUUGCUAACGGAGACUCCUGGAAAGAGUUGAGGCGCUUUGCUCUCACUACCCUCAGAGACUUUGGGAUGGGCAAGAAGAUGAGUGAGGAGAAGAUCAUAGAGGAGUGUCGAUACCUCAUUGAAGAGUUUGAGAAACAUGAGGGCAAAGCGUUUGACACAACUUGUCCAGUGAAUUACGCUUCCUCCAAUAUUAUCUCAGCCAUCGUGUAUGGAAACAGAUUUGAUUACACUGACCCCCAAUUCAAAGCCAUGGUAGAGAGCGCCAAGAGGAGAAUUAACUUAACAGGCUCUGCAUCAAUCCGGGUGUACAACAUGUUUCCACGGCUGGGCCCAUUGAUUAAGAAUGUACGUGCAUUGCUAGCUCUAACAGAAGAGUUCAAGAGAGGAUUGUCAGACUUGAUCACGGGUCUGAAGGAGACUCUGGACGCUCAGGUGUGUCGAGGCUUUGUGGACGCCUUCCUCAUCAAGAAGCAGAAGCUGGAGGAAUCAGGCAUUGCAGAUUCUCACUACAGUGACAACAACCUCAUAUUUUCCGUGAGCAACCUGUUUGCUGCUGGAACUGACACCACAGGAACUACGUUAUGCUGGAGUCUUCUGAUCAUGGCCAAGUAUCCUAAUAUACAGGACCAGGUUCAGGAGGAGAUCAGCAAUGUGAUAGGAAGUCGUCAGGUCUUGGUAGAGGACAGGAAGAACCUUCCCUACACUGAUGCUGUCAUCCAUGAGACCCAGAGACUGGCCAACAUUAUACCCAUGUCCAUCCCUCACGUCACCAGCAGAGAUGUCACCUUCCAGGGAUACUUCAUCAAGAAGGGGACCACUGUCUUCCCUCUGCUGACAACGGUUUUGCACGACGAGAGCAAAUGGGAGAGCCCUCACACCUUCAACCCCACCCACUUCCUGGAUGCGCAAGGUCGAUUUGUCAAGAGGGAUGCGUUCAUGCCCUUUUCUGCAGGUCGCAGGGUGUGUCUGGGGGAGGGUCUGGCCAGGAUGGAGCUCUUCCUCUUCUUCACCUCUCUCCUCCAACACUUUCGUUUCUCUCCUCCACCCGGGGUAACAGAGGAUGAUCUGGACCUCACUCCAGCUGAAGGGUUCAUCCUUAACCCUUCACCUCACCAGCUGUGUGCUGUCAGCCGGGUUUGACACCACUCCACAUUUACACGAUGAGUUCAUGUAUAUAAGACAAGCUCUUGUAUUGUAUUUAGGCAAACUUUAAUAAAAUACUUUGGUUUUGUUAACAAUCAAAUAGAAAUGAUAUCUUGGUAGCAGAAAAUAUCAACUAUUUUGGAGAUCGCUGUAUAAUAUGAUAUUAAAUCACUGUAACCAAGACAUAACCAAGCAAUAGAAAAUGGUUUCCCCUUAGCACAGUAUAAUAUGUAUUACUGAUAAUACUAAUAUAAUAUUAGCAUCAAUAUAAAAUGUAAAUAAUCUGUUUUUAUUCCAAAUAAAUCAUGUCAAUAACGUGGA